ACAAGACAGGGGGCAGGUGGGGGCGGCGGGAGGGAGGACGGGCGGACGGGCGGGCGGCAUCCGCUCCCCGGGUAUGCGGUGCGCAAUCUAGACAUGUGUGGCCAGACUCGUUGUUGGGAGUAUGAGGUGGUGGCGCCGCCGCGUGCGUGUGUUCGUGCAUGCGUCGUCAGUGCCUGCACAGCGGCAGUCAGGUCGAGUGGAGCACAGAACACCCCCGGCGGGACGCAGGUCCGGCCGACUCGGCUCCCGCUCCCUGGUUCACUCCUCUCGGGCAGCCUCCUCCGCCGCCCUGCCACCGCCUCGCUUGCAGACACCCGACGCUCGCUGAAAUGAUGUACAAGUGUGCGACGUGGGGCGCGUGCAGGCCACGAUAACAGACUUGCCAUCUCCCAUUGCCUCUAAACUUAGUGACGACUGAUGCGUGCCGCGACUUUCGUUCCCAGACAGUAAACUUGAGGCGCUCAGUGUCGGUGUUGGCAGUGAGCGGCGCGGCCAGCCCUCGAGCAGCACUGAUGACCGCCAGACGACGCCGGUCCCCCGCCACAAGACACUGAGGCUUCUCGGCACCCUCGAGGCCCCUGUCCUCUGCGUAAACACCCUGAGUGAAAGUAAACAGGGGGACAAAACUUCCCCAGACAACUGAAAAACACGCUGUCUUAAAGUUUAUCGCUGAGUGAAGAUUGAAACUGUCGGGAACUUGUUGAUUCAGAGCUUGUUGUUCCAGCCCUUGCCUGCCUCCCUCCCUCCCUCCCUUCCUCCCGGAGCACGCCUCCAAAGCGGCCCCUUACAGCGGCCUGCCUGAGGAUGGGAGGGACGGGCAUAUCGCGCCACACAGGCGUGACUAACAACGGCGCGUGACAAACAAACCAACAAACCAGACCAAAACACACACUCGCACACACACACACACACACACACACACACACACACACACACACACACACACAAACACACACACACACACUCACAAACACACACGCAGACAAACCAAGCGGUAAGUGUUGUGAUGAACGUCGUGGGGGAAGCCCUUGGGAUCAGAGGCCCACCACCGCCUCCUUCGCCAACACUACCAUCACCUGUUCUCAGAAGCACAAGACGGACCAGAAGAAAGGAGCAGAGGACACCACUAACACCACCACCACCACCACCACUACCAGCAGCAGUAAGGGCGUGAGGGAAAGCUGUUCCCCACCCAGCAGAAGCAGCACUCUGGACUGAGCCUCGUCACGGUAUAAGAAAAGAACGUCUGUGCCGCCCCCAACCACCGCGAUGGCUAUCCUGGAGGUGAACGAGAGCGGCGCCGUGUCCACCUUGUAUGAGACGGACAUGAACGUGUCUGACCUGGAGGAGGAUAAUGUGUUGAGCAGCGACGUGGGCUACAAUCUCAACAUCACCAUGCCGCUGUGGGAGAUUGUGCUCACCGUUAUCUCCCUUAGCGUCAUCAUUAUGUUCAUUAUCGUCGGUAACGUGCUCGUCAUCCUGUCAGUGUUCACAUACCGCCCGCUGAGAAUAGUCCAGAACUUCUUCAUCGUGUCGUUGGCCGUGGCGGACCUGACCGUGGCAGUGUUCGUGCUGCCCUUCAACGUGGCCUACAGCAUCAUAGGCAAGUGGAUCUUCGGCAUCCACUUGUGUGAGAUGUGGCUCACGUGCGACAUCCUGUGUUGCACGGCCUCCAUCCUCAACCUGUGCGCCAUCGCCCUGGACCGCUACUGGGCCAUCACAGAUCCCAUCAAUUACGCCCAAAAGCGAACACUGAAGCGUGUACUGAUCAUGAUCGGCUUGGUGUGGGCCAUCAGCGUCAUCAUCUGCCUGCCACCCCUAUUCGGCUGGAACGACUGGCCAGAGACAUUCACACCGGACACGCCGUGCAUCCUGACACAGGAGAAAGGCUUCGUCAUCUACUCCUCCUCGGGCUCCUUCUACUGCCCACUGCUCAUCAUGACGAUGGUCUACUUCAAGAUCUUUACGGCUACGCGGCGGCGACUGCGGGAACGUGCCAAGGCCUCAAAACUCAACCAAAUCCCCAACACAGGCAAGUCCAAGAUGCCGCGCGAGGAAGACUCCGCCGUCAGCGAGAACGGCCAGAACGGCUACAACGACAACUGCAGGAAAAACUUGGUGCAGAAAAAGCGACGCAAAAAGAAGAAAGCCAUGGCCGUUCAGGCCACCAAUGCCAUCACCACUACCACUACUACCACAACUUGCGGCAACACAGUGACGGCCACCACCACGCUGACCACGGCACUGAGCCCGCCCCACAUGACCGAGAGCUCCCUCACUGACAACGACGUAAGCAACAACCAGAGGGACGAGUCCUCCCCAACUGAGGAGAAGCGCGGCGCGGGCGUGGUGAUCACCGUAAACCCUAAGAGCGGCAAUCAGAUCCAUCAGUUCAUCGAGGAGAAGCAAAAGAUCUCACUGUCCAAAGAGCGCCGCGCCGCCAGGACGCUGGGCAUCAUCAUGGGCUCUUUCGUUAUCUGCUGGCUGCCCUUCUUCCUCAUGUACGUGAUCAAGCCCUUUUGCACCACGUGCCCAGAUCCCAACGACAAGGUGGUCAACUUCAUUGUGUGGCUCGGCUACAUCAACUCGUCGCUCAACCCUGUCAUCUACACCAUCUUUAACAUGGACUUCCGCAGAGCCUUCGCUAGAAUCCUGAGGUGUCCCAACGCGGCCAUGAUUUGAGGACCCCCAGCGAUACAUUCACUGCCCCUCUCUUCACCUUCAACCUCACCUUCACCCUCACCCUCACCAUCACUCCCACCCUCACCCUCACCCUCACCCAAGGACUUCCAUAUGAGUGUGUGGAUGACUGGGCGGCUCCUUACUAGGCCGACAAGUGUUGUUUAUCAGCAGAAACAAUAAAGACAAUAACAACAACGACGAGUGGAGUGAAGGCAGCAGCUGCUCUUUAUGCAGAAUAGAAUUGUUAUUAUGUGUUUCUUCUGUGAAGAUAAAACUGUGAAUCUCAUUAUUCAUGGCGGGAGCAACGAUGACACCCACUCACUGACCUCACAAUGACAUCGUGUGUGUGUGUGUGUGUGUGUGUGUGUGUGUGUGUGUGUGUGUGUGUGUGUGUGUGUGUGUGUGUGUGUGUGUGUGUGUGUGUGUGUGUGUGUGUGUGUGUCUCCAUGUGCCAGUGUGUCAUAUGUCUCUUUGAGUGCCAGAAUGCUGACACACACACACACACACACACACACACACACACACACACACACACACACACACACACACACACACACAAGUGAAGCAUAACGCAAAAAGGAAAAAAAAGCUUCACGAAAGCUCCAGACAGCCUCACACCAGCGGCGAGAGAACCAGGUAGCGUAGCGGCUCACACUGUGACAUGUUGCCUGCACCACCACCAGCCACCACUGCCUCCUCAUGUUGUGUGUCGUACAAGACUCAGUGUGGCAGGCGGCCUGGUAAAGAGUGGCGGCGAAGUGUGCACAGAGUGAAGACACACAGACGGCAGCCCAUGACAGACAGACAAAAUGUUUCUCCUAAUUUAAGUGGACGUAUUUGUUGUUGAGUCGCGUAGCAAGUCUGUGUUCCUGUGACACAGCGGCAGCGCGUGUACAUACUGUACAUACCACCACGCCAAUAUUAACUCACACAUAUCUUUAAUAUUUAUGCAUGUACGUAGAUGGAUAUCAUUACGUAAAAUAAAGCAAUUAUAUAUAUUUAUAUUGUAUAUUCAUGCGUGUAUGUAAAUAUAUAUUACUAGUAUGUGUGUGAUAUGUAUACAUCUAUAUAGUAUCAUAUAUUUGUAUAUAUGUACAGACAUACACGCACACACUGUUGAUGCUGUGAAGGUGAAGCUGUUGAGGUGUUGAAGUGUCGAGGUGUCAAGGUGUCGAGGUGUCCGCGGCGCAGGGUGGCGACCGCUACGUGUGUCCGCGAGUGUCGUGUUCUGCCCUCCGGACGCUGGAAGCACGCGCUCAAGAGGGAGAAGCCCCUGUCUUGUGACUGUGACUAUACGGACUUCCACGUGUUCUCCGGUACGGGGCGUGUCCGUGAUGGCAAGGUGGUGGUGGUGGUGGUAAAGGUGGUGGUGUGGUGGGAGAGUGGUGCGUUGGUGGAUGUGGAGACGUGGUGCAGGGAGGAGGAAUGGGGGAGGUAGCACACAGGGUUACACAUAUACAUUCAGAUAACAUUAUAAAGGUCAUCUGAACAACUGAAAUGGGUGGUAAAUAAAAAUUA